CUUUGGCCAUAACCUCCUAUUUAGCUACCAUUAUUAAUUAAAAAUAAAAAAAAAAAAACAAUUUACAAUUGUUAUUUAAUUUAUUAUUAAAUUGUUGACACAUUAAUAAUAGUAAUAAUAAUAAUAUAAAAAUGCCACCAGUUCAAUUAGUUGGUCGAGUUACUGAUUUUAAGGGCAAAAGUCUAUGGGAAAUAGUUGGUAACUUGAAAAAUUAUGGAAAAAAUAGAAUUGUCAUUAGACAGAGGUUCCAACGUUAUCCAGAGCCUUGUUAUACAAAAAUAUUAAAAGUUGCUGCACUUCCAGUUGAUGAGACUGGUGAUAGAAAAGUUGCUGUAUUGUGUGAAAAAGUAUUUCGUGGUAAAAGUGAAAUAGUACAAAUUGAUGGUGCAAGUUAUAAAACUGAUUAUCAAUUAAUUCCAAAAGAUGAAGAGUACAAGUAUUUGCAACAACCAGAUCCAAGAAAAGUAAAGCUAUUUUCAAAGACCAUGGAUUUACCUCCAUUACUUCGUGAGAUAAUUAUCAGAGGAUUAAAAGCUAAAGGUGAAAAAGUUGAUAAAGACCCAGAGAUGGAUGUUGUUUACAAUACAUUUGGAAGAACCAAGGCAUAUCGUGUUGCUGAAGAUGGUGAAACCCCACAUUUUAAGCCAUCAAUUGGUCUUGGUCCAACUCAAUGUCCUGGUCUUUAUGCCAAUUGUAAACCAAUAUAAAUUUUAUAAAUCAAAGUCAACAACAACAACAACAACAACAACAACAACAACAAUGGCGAUUAUUUGUACAGUUAGAAAUAUUAGAAAUUAUAAAAAACAAAUAAAAAUGUUUUGCAUUAAAUUUACAUUUUAA